AUGAAAAUGUCUGGACACAAGAAUAAGGAGUCAGGGAAUAUUUCAGAAGAGACUGACAGAAAGAAUCAACCUCCAAAAGAAACUGAAACACUGCUCAGCAGACUUGAUCUUCAAGACAGAUAUCCUCAGAAGUUGUCACCAGCAGACUUUCUUCAAAUAGGUCUACCUGUGAAACACAGCCAUGACAUAGCUGAGAAAGAUCUAGCUAGUACCUUUAUUCAGAGGUUAAUGAUGUUAGACUACAGGGCCAGAUAUAUUCCUGUAAAACAAGACAAUCCUGAGCUGGGCUCUUCACAGUCUGUGCCAAUGUCUAACAGUGAUGACACAGAGGACGGUGACGAUGAUGCUCUUUUUGACGAUGAUGUAGACUGUGAUCAGCCAAACCAGUCUCAGGUACAUCCAAUGGAUGUUCAAAUGGCAGUAUUCCACUGUUCAAACAGCUUUCUGAAGCUGAACUUGAUUACAAAGUUAUCUCAGUGUCAAUACGCUUUACCUUUGCUUGUUCCUGAUCCAAUCACAAUGGACAUUGAAUGUCCUUUGUGGACAUUCAGACAAAUAAUAAAAACAUGGAAGAUAACUCAAAACAGAGAUAACUCAAAAACCACCAUGAAGCACAUGCCAAUCUGCAAAGCUGAAACAUCCAUGGUGUCUUUUUUCCGCCUUGGAUCGCUAUCUGUGUCCAAAUCUCAGCUCAUGAACACUUUGAUCAACGAGCGUCACAAUACGUUCUUCCACAGAAAUUGCCAAGGAAGCACCAAAUCUCACCAUUUAAUUGAUGGUGUGGCAGAGAUUGCUUGGUACUUCCCUGCUGCAAAAGCCACUGAUUCCUUCACCGACUGCAUUGCCUUCUGUAAUCUUCAUGGUGAUGCUUUAUUGAUGGAAAAACAACGUGAAAUACUGAUUAAAAAAUCUUCUGUCAAUGUUAUUCUUGUACCAACUCUGGAAAAAGGUCAGAAAAGUACUGAAGUCAUCUCAGCCCUUUACAAGUCUCAGAAGCCCCUCAUUAUCCUUGUUGCUGAUAAGGAUCAUAGUGCAGUUAAGAUGAAAGAGGGAAAAUACAAAAUGGGCCUGAAAGACAGAAGUCAAUCAGAUGUUUCCAAUGAACUAAAAGGCCUUAUUGGAAAAAUGUUGUCUGGAUCCCACACAACCUUCCAGCUGGAAUCUAUGUCCAAGGUCACUGGUAUCAGAGUAGAUGAAGAUGACGAGGCCUGCCAAAAAGGGAAAUCUGCUGCAAUGAAAAUGCUUGGUUUGCUUCGAGGGAUGGACAUCUCUAAGAUCAAAGACAAAUUUCUUCCUUGCCAAGGCCACCACUGGCAUGAGUGGUGUAAAAUUAACAAAGAGCUGCAUCACCUCAAAGAACACAUUGAGGAUGAGAAAAGUGAAAAGGAACAGGAACAGAAGAAAAUACGAGAGGAUCAGUGCAAGGCUUCCUCCAGUAAACUGAUGGAGUCAUUCACCGAUGGCCUCUUGUCUUUGCCGUCAAAAGACAAAGAGUACUACCUGAAGUGGACUCAGAUCUUAGUAGAUGCCCUCUCCACUGAUGAUCUCUCCUCAAUUCUCCAACGCUAUGAUGAAAAGUGGUCUGAGGUCUUGGAUCUGAAGAGAAAGCAUGAAAAAUCUGAUCUGGUAAAAAGGAAACAAAAUGAGCUUGAACAAAUAUCCAACAAACUGCAGUCAGUCACCUUUGGCUUGGAACACAUGUUCAGAGAAAUGGGACAGAUCUAUGAAGCCCAUAAGGCUCAGCAAACCCAAACUACCAGUAGACAGAAUAACUGGUCCAAAUACCCUGAACUGGCUGCAGAUCUGAUGAUAAUGGGACAUCCAAUGGAGCUGAUGGAUGGUGAUGCAGGUCACGUGCCUUUAACAUGGAUCUCUGAUCUUUUAGAUGAAGUCAUCAAGAAACUGAAAGACCCGAGGGUGUUUGUGUUGUCAGUUUUGGGCGUACAAAGCAGUGGAAAAUCGACCAUGCUAAAUGCCAUGUUUGGUUUGCAGUUUGCUGUAAGUGCUGGCAGGUGUACCAAAGGUGCCUUCAUGCAGCUGGUCAAAGUGUCAGAAGAGAUCAAGGAAGACUUCAUGUUUGACUACAUUCUAGUGGUGGACACUGAAGGACUGCGUGCACUGGAGUUGGCAGGUAACACGACUUACGACCACGACAACGAACUGGCAACAUUUGUUGUUGGUCUUGGAAACAUGACAUUGAUUAACAUCUUUGGUGAGAAUCCCGCUGACAUGCAAGAUGUUCUGCAGAUCGUUGUUCAGGCUUUCAUGAGGAUGAAGAAAGUUAAACUUUCUCCCAGUUGCAUGUUUGUUCACCAGAACGUUACAGAUGUUGCAGGUGCAGAGAGAAACAUGGAUGGGAAGAGACGUCUACAAGAAAAACUGGACCAGAUGACUCAACUAGCUGCCGAAGAAGAGGUGUGUGAUGUUGAGUGCUUUAGUGACGUCAUUGCAUUUGAUGUGCAAAAAGAUGUGAAAUACUUUGCCCAAUUAUGGGAGGGAAGUCCACCAAUGGCUCCUCCAAAUCCAGGUUACAGUGAGAGUGUGCAAGAACUGAAGAACAUCAUCCUCUCUAAGGCUAAACAGUCUGAGGGGAUCACUCUCUCACAUUUUAAAACCAAGAUUCAUGACCUGUGGAAUGCCCUCAUAAAUGAAGACUUUGUUUUCAGCUACAAAAACACACUGGAAAUUUCAGUAUACAGACAGCUUGAGAUCCAGUAUGGGAAGUGGACCUGGGCUCUCAGGAGCAACUUGUUGACCAUUGAAAACCAGCUUCAUACCACAGUUGAAAAUAGAGAACUUAAAGAGAUUGAGGAGAGCCAUCUUUCUGAAAAAGUGAGAACAAAAUAUGAAGAAAUCAAAAAAGAAAUGACAACAUACUUUCAGAAUAGCAGAGACAAAGAAAUACUGGUUCAGUGGCAAGGCCGAUUUGAAAAGAACAUCGAGUUGUUUCUUGGGGCAGAGGUGAAGGAAGUAAAAAGAAAACUGGAUGAAGUUAUCCAGCAGAAGAAGGCUUGUAAAAAGCUGGAUGAUAAGAAGACAGAGUUUGAGGAGAAUCUGCUGCAAAAGAGUAAAGAGCUGGCUCAGCAGUUGAGAGACAAGGCAAAAGAUGAAAAGGAACUGAAAAAGGAGUUUGACUCUGUUUGGAGCAACUGGGUUAAAGAGUUGACUAAAGGUACAAAUCCCAUUGAGGAUAUCAACUUGAAGGAAGACAAAAUGAAAACGCUUAAGGAUCUCGGGUUUGAAUGGUCUCUCAUAAAUGACUCCAAAAUCAGAGGUGAUUACAGAAAGAUGCUAGACAUCGGGAAUUACUUCCAAAACCGCUGUGAUGAAAACAAAGACACAAGCAUAUCAGGUUGGUUCACAUGUAAAUUGCAAUAUGUCCAACAAAAGACAGGAAUGAGCUCAGCAACAGGGAAAAAACCAAAGAAUGCUUUUGGACAUGAAGAACAAGAACAGAUCAGAUCCUUCAUCAAAAAAGCUGAACAUCAAUCACUUGAAGAAAUAAAAAAAAACCCAGUAGCAACAAAUGGCUACAGAUCAGCCUACUUGCUAAAAGUGGCUAGAAAUGUUAAAAAGUCUGUCACAGAAUUUGAAUCAGAGAGGACAUAUACACUAACAAAGGAGUUCACAGUGGAUCUCUUAUUGUAUGUUUUUGACAGGGCAGCGGGUUGGUUGUUACAGUCUCAUGAGACAUACAGAAAGAACAACGAUGCACACACUUACUUAGACAGCAACAAAGAACGUUAUUACAACAUUUUCCGAAGCUUCUGCAAAGGAAACUCAUCUGCUGUCGUGUUUGGAGAAUUGAUUUGUGAAAAACUGAAGGUUUCCACUGUUGAAGCUGUCUGUAACAAGACUGCCAUUGAUCUUGCUGGAGAGAUGAGGUGUAAUGUCCAAGAAUUAAAUGGGAACAGGAUGAACUUGGAGAAACAUGUGCUGAAAUCACUUGCAGAGAAAGAAGACUUUGGUGGUUUUAUCACAUACAUCAGACAGCCAAGGAUCCAAGUAGAGACUUUUAUAAAAGAAGAAGUACAGAAAUGCAUCUUCACAAAACAGAAAGACAGAGCACUGACCAUACUGAAGAAAAAUGUGGAUGACAUCAAUAAUAAUGUCAGUCAAGCUUUAUUUACUGCAACAAGCAAAGUACAACAGAAGGGAGGAGACAUAAACAUGUGGGUGGAGGAAUUAUCCCGUUUCCUUAAAAAGCAUCUGACACUUGGUACCAUUUCCUGUCAAAACUUCGGUGACAUAAAGGAGUUUGGUUUUCUGAAAGAAGAGAUAGAGAAAGGCCUGACAUCCAUCAUGGAGGAGAUGAGCUGCAUCUCACUGGAAAAGAUGAAAGACUUCAGGUUACAACCUGAUCAAAUCCUCAUCGAUCAGCUGUGCAAGUGUUGCUGGGUGAAGUGUCCAUUCUGUGCAGCUGUUUGCACCAACACUCUGGAAAAUCACGAUCCUGAUGACCACAAUGUCCUUUUUCAUCGAUCCACUGCAGUGAAUGGUAUGCACUAUAGAAACACAAAGAUAAUGAGUAUUGACUUCUGCACAACAAGGGUUGCAAGUGAUGGAAGUUUUUACCCAGAUGGAGUGUCAGAGGAACUCAUUCCUUUUAAAAAGUACCGAACUGCUGGACCAAGGUUUAAAAACUGGAGAAUUACACCUGAUGAAUCGACCCUGCCAUUCUGGAAAUGGUUUGUGUGUCGAUUUCAGAAGCAGCUGGAGGACCACUAUGAUUUAAAGUUUGAAGGAGAUGGAAAAAUUCCCAGGGAAUGGAGAACUCACUCUAAAGCACAAGCUAUUGAAAGUCUGGAUAAAAUGUGAAUGAGCAAACACAAAUACAACAGCUUGAAAAACAGAUGCAGCACAUUAGAAUUAUUGGUCCCAGGAACGUUUCUUAAAUGAUCACGUCAUGGUGACGGUUCAAGAGUUAACGCUUUCCUUCAUAUCAGUCAAUAUAAAGUCUGCAUGCAAGAUUAAAAUAAAAUGCCAAAACACUUCAAGUCCUGUAAAUAAUCUACAUUUAAUAGUUUUAGAAUUAAAAGUUAAUCCAUCAUUUAUCAUUUACAAGAUUCAUACACAAAAUGAUUUGCUUUAAACUGAAAUAGAAAACAUUACAGCAGUGAUUUGAUCAGUCAUUGAAACUAAAUGUCAAUAUUAAAUCACUGUCAUUGACAAAGUUGCUGUGUGAAGAUUUAAAACAGUUUAAUUGAAGGAGAAGCAGAAAAUAGUGUUUUUUUCCCUCAUUUGUUUUGAGUUGUAUUAUCUCCAUUUUAAGUUGAAACAUGAUAAACAUAACAUGCUGUAUACUGUAUUAUUUGAACUGUUAUGUUAACAUUACUUCAGUUAUAUCCACACUGACAGUUUUUGUCGUUUUAUUCAUUCGAGUCUCUUUGCUGAAAUCCAGUCUGAAUAUGAAGAAAAUACAUCCAAAGAAUGUUUUCAUUUAUUGAACUAUUCAUUCAGAAAUGUAGAGUUUGAUCUUGCAUGUUAAGUUUUUGAAGAGUGAUAAUAAAAUAACUGCUUCAGAUGCUGAAA